AUGAUCAUCAAUGAAGAAUAUUGUUUUCCUAAAAAGAUUUUAUCUAUAUCUGCAACGGCACUUACCUUAUUACUCUUAAUAUUUACUAUAGUCAAUGAAUAUAAAUAUGUUACAUACUCUAAAGAAUUAAGACCUAUAAUAAAAAACGCCAUACCAGUUUCAUGCAUCCCUUUAGAGGAAAACAAUGGAAAAAUCAUACAUAUAAAUUGUCCCUUACAGGAUCAGGAAAUGUUUUAUGCACCACCGGAAUUCAGUAGUAAUAUCUACUCAUUUAGAGGCGUGUUUUUUGAAAUAAAAGUAGAAAUGUAUCAAUGGGUAAGAGAGUAUGGGCAUUUUGAUUUAUUUACAAGAGGGAAAUUUGAGGAUCAUGUAGUUAGAACUCCUUACAAUUUUUUCUUUUUCUAUAAAAGUAAAAAAAAUCCUGAGUAUAUGCCGGCUGUUGGGAAUGUAGGCAGAAAGUAUGCCAGUUAUGUGAAGGCUGGAAAUUAUAGACUUCCUACGAAUACUCUUGUAAAUUUUCAGAAGAAAAAAAAAUUAGAUUUGAUUGAUGAUGGCUGGUUUACUGAGUCUGAAAUAAAACCUCCUUUUACCCUUGAUCAUAUGAAUACUAAUGUUUAUGAUAAUUAUUUGUAUACAGGAGACCCGCUAAAUCCUCAAGUAGGGGACGUACGCGUAUCAUUUUAUGGAAGCGCGUCUACGCAUGCUACAGUCAUUGGAGUCCAACGAUCACGCUUGCUGAAUACCAUAUUCGAAAUAGAAGGAGUUGACAUUAUGAAUCAGAAAGUGGCAUUGUUAUCUGAGGAUAACAAAAUAAUGAUAAACCAGACUAAGGAUUUUAUUCAUAAAAAUUAUGGGAAUAUAAAGUCGUUGUGGCUAAUUCGGAUGAUUACCUAUGUUUUAGUGUCCUUUCAGAUAUUUUCUCUAUUCCUACAUGGUUCAAUGAAUUCCUUGUGGAAACUAAGCAUGAGUCUAAUAAUAUCUGCAAUUGUGAUGUCCAUAUUUCCAUGUAUUCUCUGGUUUUUCUGCGAUGUAGUCGUAUUUUUAUUUUUAUUUAUAUUUAUCUUUUUCUUAUCAAUAUCCUUAUUUUUUAUUUAUUACAAUGAUAUGUAUAGUGGGUAUACUGAAAUGAAAAAUUACAUGAAGAGGGCUUACACAGAACCAACAAAUUACACAUUUUUAGAUGUAGCAAAUGGAUGUACAGAUAUAUAUGAAGAAUAUAACAAUAUUGAAAAAGCUAAGAUUAAUUCCAUAUUUGAUUCGGGUAGCGAAGCUUCUUUUUAUAAUUCUGUAGACAAGCAUAACUUAGCCAAGUUUGAGUCAUCCCCCGCUGGGAUAUAUCACUAA